AAGGUAGUUGUUCCCAUUCCUUCGCUCCAGAGCAGCAUUUUUGGGAGUAAAAAUUUUUCGACGAUGAAGAAUUUUAUCAACGCAUAUGUUCCUGAGGUGGAUCGCCGCCAAGCAAGAGAAGAGGCGUUGAUGCAUGGAGGGACCUUAGUUGUGAGGCAUGCUCUUAAGAAGGAAAGAGAUGAGCUGUUGAGGAAGAAUGGGGAAAUGAAGAGGGAGCUGGAGGUAGUGGUACCAACAGUGACGAGUUUGCAAGAGGAGAGAGACUCACUGAAGACGAUUCUCUCAUUCGAAGAGAGGAAGAGAAAAAUGUGCGAAGAAGAUAAUGAAGUACAAGAAGAAGAAAUAAAAAGGAUGAGAGAAUUUGAGGUUGAGCUUAAGAAGAACAUUCAACUGCUGGUACACAAUGGGAUGGAGGAGCAUAUCAACAACUUCAUCAACUCCAGCUCGUUUGACAACAUUCUCAACCUUUACUGGCUGCCCACUGCGAUCCUCACCUUCACCGAUUGUAGAAAGAAGGUGAAAGUUGAGUAUCCCGAAGUGGAUAUAACAAAGAUCACCUUCAACGAACAAGAGGAAGGGGUGGAGGAGAACAGUGAAAGCGUGUCAAUAGACUUUCGACCUCAGAUUAAACUGAGGUGGGAUCAUGAUGAAGAAGGACGCACUAUUUUUCCUCCAAACUUCGACUUCAAGUUCAUAGUAGUGGAGGAAGAGGAAGCAAAGGCAGAGGGUGUUGAAGUUGAGGAGAACUAGCCUUCUCCGCAAGUGGAAGUCCAUCCAAUUCCCUCUGAUGAAGAAGAGCUACCUCUUCCAGUAGAUCAGGAGCUGGCUCAACCACCUCCUCCGACGGAAUAGCUAGGAUUUUUGUUUUUUGAUUUAUGUAGUUGUAAUUUGAACAAUUGAUGAAUGUAAACAUUUCCAUACAUUUGUUGAUUAAUCCAAAGAAAAUUUUUGAAAUUAG